AUGAAAUUUGCAGAACAUUUACAGAAUUCUGUCGUGCCAGAAUGGAAGGAUAAGUAUAUUGAUUAUAAGUUGGGUAAGAAAAAAAUCAAGGCAUUGGCUAGUGGGAAUCGUGGUAGUGCUGAUUUGGUUGAAGAUUUUAUUGAGGAUUGGGUAGUUUCCAUUGAGUUGAGUAAAUGUAAUGAUUUUUAUCAAUGGUUACUCCGUGAAUGUAAUAAAAAAUAUGUUGUAUUAGAGAAUCAAUUAAAUAUAUAUUUAAAAAGAGUAGCUGAUGAAGAAUUACGGAAGAAUAUAUCUAAUCAAAGUGAUUUGGAUGAUCGUUUGAGUCCAGAGCUCGCUCGUGUUGCUAGGAUUAAAAAUACUGCUAAUAACAGAAAGAAAAAAAGGGACGUCUCUUAUGGUUCAAUUGUUAAAAAUACAGAAAAGAAUGCAAAUAUUUUUAUAGAGUUCCUUCGACAAAAUGAUUUGUUACCAUCUUUACCAAAAAGGUUUAAAUCUCAAAGUUUAGUACCGAGAGUCUCAGGAAGACUAGGUAGUGAGACUUUUAAUAGAGCUGAAGAAAUACCUUCGAAUAAAAAGGCUCAGACUAUGCUGGCAAAUGCUAUGAUAGAUUUCUUUUUAUACGUCAGAUUGGUUAAAACCUAUAGAGAUUUGAAUGUGAAUGGUUUCAGAAAAAUCGUUAAAAAAUUCGAUAAAACUUUCUCUACAAAACAAUUACCUAUAUUCUUAGAAUACGUCAACGAUAAUAUUUCAUUGUUCAAGCAAUCUUUAAAUGAAAAAAUUGAUCCUUUGACUACUUAUGAAGCUAAAAUUACUGAUUGGUACAUGAAUGAACUAACCAAAGAUCAAUCCACUCUAGAAAAAAAGAUUCACAAUAAUCGAUUGAGAAAAUUCACUCUUCAAUAUUCUUUAAAUGAACAGAUGAUCCAUAGAAAUAAUAGAUCAUUAUUGCAAAUGUUUGUAGGUGGCAUCGGUCUAGGUAUCUCAUUUGUUCUAUUCAUCUAUACCAUAUACAGAGUCGUUACAACUACCACUAUAGACUUUUACGUCAUCCAUAAGGUUUUAUUCCCUCUUUGGGGUGGUUGGAAUAUGAUCCAAUUAAUGGGUACUUUAUACAAUUUGGAUUGUUUCAUUUGGCAUCGUACAAAUAUAAAUUAUAGAUUUAUUAUGUUUGGUGAAAUUCAUUCAAAAUUUGGCACCAGAUUAUUUAAUAACGAUUUUGCAACAAGUUUGAUCCCAUUAAACUUAUAUUUCUUAAUAUGGUUCAUGGUUCCAUGUUCUUUUUUAGCAUUCUUGAGUUUUCGUUUUGAUAUGUUGACUCCAUACGCAUUUAUAUUUUUAGGUUGGGCUGUCCUAUUAUUCAUGUGGCCAAAAAAUAGCAUAAUCCCUUACUGGGAUAAAUUACUAUCUACUAGAAAAUGGCUGCUUGUAACAACUAUUAGAUUGAUAUGUUCUGGCUUUUUCCCAGUUGAGUUUGGUGAUUUCUUUAUGGGAGAUAUUGUAUGCUCAUUAACAUAUUCAAUUGCAGAUAUCGCUACUUUCAUAUGUGUUUAUUCUACAGUACCAGGAACAAAUUGUGGAUCUUCCCAAUUGAAAUCAAUGGGUGUUCUCUCUUGUCUACCUAGUUUUUGGAGAUUCAUGCAAUGUUUAAGAAGAUACUUCGAUUCGGAUGAUUGGUUCCCACAUCUAUUGAACGCCGGUAAAUAUUCCAUGGGUAUUGCAUAUAAUGCUUCGUUGUCAGCAUACAGACUAUCGCACCAUGCAAAAGAGAAACGUAAUCCAUUCAUAGUAUUCGGUACAUUAAAUUCUGUCUAUACUUCUGUAUGGGAUAUCGUAAUGGAUUGGUCAUUAUUACAAAAUAUACAUGGUAAGAAUAGAUUUUUAAGAGAUGAUCUUUACUUAGCUGGUAGAAAAAAUUGGAAGACAGGGGAGUAUUAUAGUGAUAGGAAAUCUGUAUAUUAUAUGGCAAUGGUUAUUGAUGUAAUUUUAAGAUUUCAAUGGAUAGUUUAUGCCAUAACUCCUGAAUCUAUUCAACAAAGUGCAGUUACAUCUUUUGUUUUGGCAUUUACAGAAGUAAUAAGAAGAUUCAUUUGGAUUAUAUUUCGUAUUGAAAAUGAACAUGUUGCCAACGUACAUCUGUUUAAGGUUUCAGGUGAAUCAUCUCUUCCAUACCCUGAUACACUAGUUGCAUCAGAGGAGUCUUUCACUCCGAGGUCGAGUGGAGAAACCACGACGUUGACAAUACCACUAAGCACUGUUAGUUCGACAGGAAUAAAGGAACCAUCGUCUGCUUACCACGCGUUAUUCAGAAGAAAGGCAUCAAUCUUUGAUAAUUUCUCGAGAUCAAUUCCCUGGGCUCAUGCCACUGAUUUCCAAAGGCCAGUAACUAAUAGAUCAAAGGAUAUGGAAUCUGAAAGUGAAAGUGAAAAUGAAAGCGAUCCAGAAAGUAUUAUGGAUGGUGGGGUUUGA